GUCACAAAGAGCGUCUUCUUCAGGGCCGACACCGACAACAACAUAUCGCCUUCAGAAACACGGGGCAGGUACAUGGACAAAGCGGCAAAAGCCAGGGUAGUGUUGCUGUUCCUGCACCUAUGGCCGUGUUGCAUGAGUACGGGGGACAAAAGUUGCGAAUGAAGACAGAAGGCUAAGAAUAUAAAAGAACCCUGCUUUCAAAAAUAAGGGAAGAAACUUGACCUCCGUGCAACACUGAGAUUACAAGUUCAAGACAACGGACGAAACAUGGCUGUCACUUAUUAUACUCCCCCUUCUUCCCAACGAGUCCCUCCCUUCCACCACCAUCAUCACCACCACCACUACAUCCCACGAAAGAGUACCAGGGUCUCGAGAUGUAACACAUCCAUUGUCACCGUCAUUUUUUUUAUUGUUGUGAAGAUCAUCUCUGUCUCCCUUUUUUUUAAACCAGCGUCGUUUGUCUACUACAUGGAAGCCUGUCAAAACCUCCGGAUCUACCAGUUACCAUCCCACCGAAGUCAGGAAAUUUCUGGAAGAAAAGGGAGAACAGAUGUGUUAAAGUGCAUGUAACGGGUAGUCAAGGUAUGAGAGACGAGGGUGGUUUGUGGUUUGGCAAUAACCAUCGUCAAUAACCAGCCAUCUAAACAGCAUUGAGAGCCCCCCAUGGUGACCGCUGCAGUGUUCCAAGCCUUUCUCUCUUAAUCCUGGAAAGAAAGAAAACAGCGGAAGUGCUGUUCAUCUGUGGUGCAAUUUGGCUCGUUUGGGUCUUAGUGAACAAGGUCGCCAUUUUGCUUUACCUGCUUGCUGCGGAUGCACAUCACUGACAAAUAUUUUUAACACCUGAAUCAGUUCUGUGGAGGCUGAUUAUUUUGCAACCAAGAACAAAGGCCUUUCAGGUGUGUCAGGUGUGAAGUAUGGCUGACCACGUGACGAGGUUGUGGUUGAUGGUCAUACUGAGCGCUGCCAGCGUAUUACUGCAAGAGUUGCCUUUCUCAGCGCCUCGCAAGAUACAGACUGUUAACGUGCACGUAGAGGAAAAAGGUGCAGGUGCCGAGUCACGCGACAAAAGAGCGGCCGAGCAGCCAGACGUGCGAACUCUGCCGGCGGCGUUGGAGGUUCGACUCAACCUCGCCAACCAGGACGUCAGCCUGACUCUCGAGAAGAACUCCAACGUUGACGUCAGACCCCCCGUGUUUGUCGCGCGCAAUGGAGGACUACAGAGAGUUGACUUCCCGCAGGCCAAGGCGGAUGCUGGAUUUUAUCAAGAUCCCGACACGGGAGCCUCAUUCUCAGUUCGCCUUCGUCAUGAUGGAAGCGGAUACCUUCUGAGUGGGACCUACUUUUCCGAAGGUGUUCAAUACUUACUCACCCCUAACUUCAACUCUUCUGAAACUGGUUCAAGGACUGGCGACCAUGACGUCAUGCGGAUGUCAUCAGUACUCCAUCUUCAGAACGACUUUGUUGAUCUUCUACCCGGUGUUUCUGGUGACCUAGCUGACGUCACAAAAAACAGAUCUCGCGACUACAAUGACGUCACCAAGGACAACGUCGACAUCAUCGCCGCUUACGACUUCUUCGGUAAUCGUCCAUCUUCGGGCGAGAUGAGUGAUAUCAGCGGGCACCCGAGACGCAGACGUCAGGUGACGCCACAAGGUGCCUUCGCUGUGGAACUGUUGAUGGUCGUCGACUAUGGUAUCUAUGAAAAGUGGCUUUCGCGCAUGCAGGGGACAACAGAAGAAGCCAAGAAGCAGGCCGCCAUAGAAAAUAUCACUGAGUACUACUCAUUUGUGCUAAACGGGGUAGACGUGCGCUAUGCCGGGAUCAACGCUAAUUUCUCUAUUGACGUCACUUUUGCCGGUAUCCUCGUGUUUGACGAUCCCUUGGAUACGUACUGGUCGGGAGGGCGACUGGCUGUGAGCUCGUCACGUGACCUGGUGGAGGCCUCCGAUGCGCUGGAGGCCUUUCGAGGAUGGGCUUUGAAACUGGGGGCCAGUCUUCCCCCUAGUGACCAUGUGAUGCUGUUCACGGGAUUUAAUCUUACCUAUGGCGGCUCGGUGUCCAACGCAGGUCUAGCCUAUCUGGGAUCUGCUUGCAACACAGAUUAUUUCUUUUCCAUCGUCGAAGAAUACCUGGAUUUUCGUACCGUCGCCGUCGCAGCACACGAACUAGCCCACAGCCUCGGUGCUCGUCACGACAUGGACGGCAACACCUGUCUGACCUUUGACCGCUACGUCAUGACGUCACGGUUCCGGUUCCCGACGGCGCGCACUGCGCAGAAUCCGUGGAAGUUUUCCUCUUGCUCAGUGCAGUAUUUCUCCGCCUUCAUCGAUGACCUCGUCAGAAAUGACACCAACUGCCUGGUGACUAAGGACGCCGUCACUACCAACAUGGAGAUCCAACCUUUUUUCGCUUCACUGCCUGGACAAGUCUACCCCGGGGACCAGUUCUGCCAGCUUAGCGAGGGUCCAGACUCAUAUAUUUGCAGGGCCCAGCACACUGCAGGUUACGACACGACCUGUUACGCGGGGCUGCAGUGUUACCGGCCUGAGUUCCAGGAUUGUGAUCUCAAGCUGCCCCCAGACGGACUGGCCUGUGGCAACAAAAAGUGGUGUGAGAAUGGCACGUGCGUUUUCUCCCUGCUUGCUCCCACGGCAGUAGAUGACCUUUGCCCCUUUGGCGAUGACCCCGUGCUGCUGACGGCGGGCAGCAACUGCUCGGAGCGCGUGAACUUGUCACGUGGUGACUGCUACGACCAGUCGUUCCACGCUCGGUGUUGCCAGUCCUGCGCCGCCGUGAGACAUCACCUGCCAGGCUGUGAAUUCGGCGACCGCUCGACCACUUGCGACAGACUGAUGUGUGCUGCGUACGACACGACCUACAUGCGUCACAACUGCUGCGACACCUGUGGCGAGGUGCUGCUGACUCCGACCUCUUCAGCAAGUAACACCUACUUCACCAGUGAUCCUCCUGCCUCAACAGCGGGCAGUCCCACUACCUACAGUGCACCGGCUUCAAGAGCAGACAUCACCACCAUCGACAGUCCACCCGACUCAGCCACAGGCACCCUCAUUGCCCAUAGUACACCUGACUCAUCAACGAGCAUCCCCAUCGCCCACAGCUCGCUUGACUCAACAACGGACACUCCCAUCGCCAAUAGACAAACUGACUCAAUAACAGACACCCACCCUGAGGUACCGACAGUUUCUGAGCAAACAGAUGCCAGGGUGGAUCUGACCAGCACCCAGACAGCACAGAUCGUGCGUUCCUCUCAAGAGACACCCCGGCUUCCUUCAGAUUACUCGCCUUCUGUUGACAGGAUUCUCACACCUUCUCCAAUACCCACAGACCAGCCACCCGUCAUUCACAAGGCUUUCUCGCCUCCUACAAUCGUUACAGACCUACCCCCAGCAACUCCCGGAUCACAAAGUUCUCCUGCAGCAACUACAACUCAGACCCCAGACAUGAAGAUAAAGGCACAGGUUCCUAGAGAAUCUACAGACCGGCCUCCUGCCAUUCUCAAGGCUUUCACUCAUCCUCCAAUAUUUACUGUUCAACCCCCUGUCAUCCUAGGGGCUAACACUCCUCCUCAAAUUCCGACAAACCAAGCUCCUGUCAUUCACAAGACUUUCGCACCUCCUCCAAUAUUUACAGACCAGCCUCGUGUCAUUCACAAAACGUUUUCUUAUCUUCCAAUACUUACAUACCAGACCCCUGUUAUCCAAAAGGUACAACCAUCUCCACCACCUACAGCCCGCUACCCUGUGAAUCAAAGAGCUGGUACGCGUCCUCCAUUAUCUUCAGACCAAACCCCUGUCAAUCAAAGGGCUACCACGCCUCCAGUAUCUACGGAUCGUCUUCCUCUCACUCACGGAAAGAGCACAUCUUUCUUGUCUUCAAAUCGACCUCCUAGCGUGACAGAUUCUUCUCCUUCAUCGACUGAUAUUUCUUCUCAACAAACGACUUCCGCCAUCGCUUUUACGUCAUUUCGUAAAGCUGUCACUGCCACCGACUCCGAGGUUUUUGUGGAUUCCUCUUCUUCAGCAUCGUCGUCGUCAUUUGCUUUCACAACAAACCUUGAUGAGGGGACGUCAGAGAAGCAAAAAUCACCUGCUAUGACCCCGCCAACGUCUUUAACGGAUUCUGUCGGUCUGACGUCCUCACCUGACAGGACAGCCCGGUUUGACGUGACAUCUCUUGGUGGCUUGACGUCACUAUUUGACUGGACCUCUAUUCGUGAACUGACGUCACAUCGGACUGACCCGCCGACCCCACAAAGGUCAACUUUAGUAAGUUCGUCAACGUCAGGGCCCAGUGUUGGGGCUGCUGUUGGUUUGACAUCACCGGAACCUCUGAGGUCGGCUGCUGAGUCAACAUUAGCCCCACCUGUUGUGAACUCAGUUACUGCUGAACAGUCAGAAGCUGGUACGUCACCUACAGGUUCGACAUCACCUGCCGGGGCACAGACCCCGUUAAGUUUGAAUCCAGUAUCUGUUGUGAUGUCAGUACCUGGUGUCACGUCAGCCCCUGGCUUGACAUCAACUCAAAGCGUUACAUCACUACUCAGUCUUAUGCCGUCAUCUGACGUACCGCAUCCCCUUGUUACUAACAUAAAGCAGACUACCACUUACGUCACUGCUACCACUGCCACCAACAACAAUUUUGCCCGUCUAAUUACCCCGACAUCAAGCAAAGAUAAUUUCUCUUUUGCAAAGGCAGGAACUGUUAAUCCUAAGGUGACGUCACGCGGGGGUAAAAAGACAGGAGGAGAGGAGGAACGGGAAAACAAAACUCGAGAUGAGGGCAGAAAGACAGCAGGAAGAGGUGCGGUACCCAAACCUAGAGUGGCACCUCCUCUCCCUUCCAGCCCUGCUCCACAAAGGGCCGAAGAGAGACCGAGAGGGAAUGCCAGCGACAGACAGAGAAAAUACGACGAAGAAAACGAAGAGAGCGUUUCAAAAGAAUCGGAAGCGGAAGUAGAGACAACUGACGAGCGAGGAGGCGAACGUGUGGGCAGCAGUUCAAGAGAGCUCGGACAGCAGCUUCAGAAAGUUCGAGAAGCGUUGAGAAAUAAAGUCGGGAGUGAACUUACCAGGGAGCAGCGUCUCCUCCUGCUCGUCAACCUCGUGACCCUGCUGCAGCAAGGCCUAACUCCUCGCGACGUCCAGCCGGCGGCUCCUGACAUCACUGGACCAUUCGGCAACGACUUCGGCAGCUCCCUCACUGACCCCCGCACCACACGGCUAACAACUGGGGUCAAAGGCUCCGACCCCUCCUUACAAAGUCAAGGUCAUGGGCGAGACUUCGAGGCCGUCGGUCUUCAACAGCAGGGUGUCUCGAGGGGAAGUGCACCCAGCGAGCUACCCCUUCCCCGGUCUGGACCCGCAGCUAGCAGACAGACGCAUUUUUCAGCGGAACGUCGCCUAGGUUACAGAGAGCCCGGAGGGUCGUCAAGGCGACGGAGGAGCCCGAGAAGUGCAGAUACCCUAACGUUCGAACGCCACCGACCGUUGAUUCAGGCACUGUGGGAAGAGCUGAGGCGGAACUCAGGGCGGCAUAGAAGGGAAGGAGCUUCCUCCGAGAUCCCUGUAGGCGACAGCAAUCCGGCAGACACGGUGGAGCAGGGGUUCUCAGCUAGACCCCUCUACCUUCCUCAGAAACAUUCUCUGCAACCGAAUUUAGAAAGACAUGGAUCUGAACCGAGUGAGGAGGUGACAGAGGCUCUGUAUCAUUACGAUGACCAUGUAGAGGAAGACGAGGACGAGGAGAGCGAGGAUCUUGAUGACGACAUCCCUGAACAGGAUCCUUUCUGGAGAAACGAUACCGUCAAUUUCAACGAUGGCUUCGAUGGGGUUGCCGGUGGGGAUGAGGAGCACGAACAAAGUGUAGUGACAGACGAAGGCAGUGAUGCACAUGACAAGGGCGAUGUCAACAGCCAAGCGCUAAGUGAUGUCAUUUUCGGGCCCAUGCGAUAUCUGACGUCCCUGAACUCUGCCGAGAAAACCGACACUGAGAUAACGGACAAAACUCAUGAUGUGGAUGAAGUAGGCGACCAUGUUGGAACUGAUGACAGCGUGGCAGCGGACGACGGAGCCUAUGAGAGUUCGGAUAAAAAUGACGAUGGAGGUCAAGAUACAAACAUCGCCCAGCUAGGUGACGUAGAAAAGGAAAGUAGAGAGACUAAGGAGGACAGUAACGACGAACACUGUGAGAAUGGCAGUCAAAGUGGCGUUUUGGAGCCUGGAGACAAGGAAGGCGAGUUUAUCAACGAUAACAGCACGUCGUCGUCACACGACCGAAACGAUCGCAUCAGCGAGAACGGCAGCGACUUUGCCGAGAGAAGCGCAAGGGGUGAGCGGGACGAGGCAUCUACCAACAGCACGUCCGCGACAAGUGCUCAUACUGCCUCGCACAGUGUGACAGAUCAGAUCCAUCAUACAGCGCCUCCUGGCGAUCAGGACUCGUAUCUGGAAGACGUUGAGUCCACCCAGAACUGGGGCGGCGAGGAAAAGAAAACCCAAAACUCACCAAUCGAUGACGUCGAUGAUACCUCCAGCGAGGUGGCUGACAACAACCUGACGCAGACGCCUGCCACUGACAAUUCGGCUGUCGGAGGAUUGCAAGCUGCCCUCGUUGCAGGCGACCAUGACCGCACGGACCAUGACGCCAGCUCGUCUAGACGUAUCGGGAACCGCAGCAGCGAUUUGCUCGUGAAUGGAGGGAAUGCCUCCAGGGACAGAGGCUCGUCUGACGGCGCCGUGGACCUAGGCAAUGAUGACGACGAUGAAGACAGCGUCAGAUUCGUCGAGAGCGGCGACGAUACCAACGUCGAGCACAACCUGUCUACAGGCAUGAAUGACAUCACAUCACGUAUCGACCACGUCACCACAGGUGUAGGUGACAUCACGACGGGUAUCGUUGUCGUCAUGACGGACAUCGAUGACGCCGUCAGUCAACCAGACAGAAAGACAGAGUCAGGAUUGCCGGAGAAGACGCCUCAGGUGGGAGCAAUCGCGCUGCAUUCUGGUUCUAAACUCAACGAAAGCGCGGAACACUUUCCGGAUGGCGACAGCCAUUCUGCUGGACAAAGUCGUUCCAUGGCGCGGAGCGACAAGAUGGCCGAAAGUGGAGGAGCGGAGAGGUUGACCAGCAGAGACCCGGACACGGAUGGGACAGACAAGGGCGACACCGGACGACGCGGGACGCCGGAGGGCGGGAGCGUUGUUUCAGUCACGUCAGAACACGUCGACACAGUCUUGGGCCGCCCCAGAACGAGUGACCGAGUAGUACCUAGGGAAAUCCCCGGCGUUUCUCAGGGAAGGUCGGCAGGUCACAAACGUGUCAAUGAGGACGCCUCCUCUCUUGCGCGUCUACGCCAGCACCGCGCGACUCCUCCUCCACGUCGCCUGUCCGGUCAGCCCGCACGUGUAAGCAAGGCCGCCUACAGCAUGCCGCGUGGUCAGCUCAUCCCUCCCGAGGCAAUGUCAGGGGCCUGGGUGACUUCAGGAACCUCUAGGAAGCAAUCAACCUCGACCACCGACGCAAACUCCAGCGCCAUCUAUCUGCCGACCUCCACAAGCAGCAUCAGCCCUCGCAUUCCUCGCUUCACCUUUGACCCCGGACACACAACCGUAGAGAGAAAAACUAGCACGAACCACAGGACCAGCCUGUCAGCUGGGCGUCGUGUCGGACCGAAGAAAUCCAUCAGAAACCGUUAGUUUGUGGUCUGAACACCCGUCACGACCAGAGGCCAGGCAUUGUGACUCCACACCUGGCCACACCUCAAAGGACAGACCUCACCACCUGCCAUUACCAAAAAGCUGCAAAAAAACCCUUCCCGUUAGUUAACUUUCGACGAAGCGAUAGAACCGUUUUUGGCAAGAACCUAUAACAAUAUAGCAAAUUUUAAGUGAAGGUUGAUGUGAACGGAGUUUGAAAUUUAUAUCGCCAUCCCAUCCCCAAGCUUCUACUAAAAAUAAAGAUAAGCGAAAGCACAACUUACUAUUCUGACUAAAUAAAAAUAAUAUUAAAUU